AUGUCCAAGGCAUUCGUCACCAAGCCGGCCCCCGGCUUCACUGCCACCACCGUCUUUCCUGCCGGCGAGUUCAAGGACAUCUCCCUGUCUGACUACCUCGGACAAUGGGUCGUUCUUCUGUUCUACCCCAUGGACUUCACCUUUGUCUGCCCGACUGAGAUCAUCCAGUACAACGAUGCCCUGCCCCGCUUCAAGGCCCUGAACACGUCCGUGUUCGGUGUCUCAACCGACUCCCACUUCUCCCACUUGGCCUGGGUUGCCCUGGAGCGCAAGGCCGGCGGUCUUGGCCCCGACUUGGAGCUGCCCCUGAUCGCCGACCGCUCGCAGAAGAUUUCGAGUGACUACGGCGUGCUCCUCGAGGAGGGCGUCGCCCUGCGCGGCGUGUUCAUCAUCGACCCCAAGGGCACUCUCCGCCAGAUCACCGUCAACGACCUGCCGGUUGGCCGCAACGUCGACGAGACCAUCCGCCUGAUCGAGGCCUUCCAGUUCACCGACGAGUACGGCGAGGUCUGCCCCGCUGGCUGGCACGCCGGCAGCAAGACCAUCAAGGCCGACCCCAAGCUCAAGCUUGAGUACUUCUCCACCGUCGAGGUCGCCGACCGGACGAGCGAGGAGGCCAACAAGAGAGUGAGAGUGGAAUGA